AUGGUCCGUGUGUUCCUGAUAGAGCCUGUGGUUGGUGUCUAUGCCUUCUCCAUGUUCAUGCUGUACCCCCUGAUCCAGCAGUAUGUCUACAGGAGGCUGUGGCAGCAGCUCACCGGCGCCCCCUACCCUACACAGAUGAACUACACCCACUGCUCUGACAGCAGCAUCAACGUCAGCUCCAUUCACCAGGAGAUCCAGAAGGAGGCAUCUCUGUUCCUCUUCUACAGUGAGCUAUGUUUUCUCUUCCCCAGUCUCCUCUCCUCCCUACUCCUGGUCUCCUACAGCGACCACCGCGGCAGGAAGGUAGCUCUCGUCCCCCCACUGUUGGGUGAGCUGUUAUUUGCUGUGUGCUAUGCAACCGUGUCUCACCUCUCCCUCAGCCUGGGUUACCUGCUAGGGGCCUCGUUCCUGGCUGGGGUAAUGGGGGGCCCCACUGCUCUACUGGGGGGAAGUUUUGCCUAUAUAGCUGACCUAUGUGAGGACGGCAGGGUUCACCUGGCCGUUCAUCACGGCAGCCGUACUACACCUGAUCAACCUGGUAUACACAGCGUGGGUACUGCAGGAGACUGUGGAGAGACCCUCGCACACAGACUCAUCUUCAUCACCAUCAUCAUCAUCACCGACACCUUUUGGGUGUCUAAGCUGGGUGGUAUGUCCAUCUUCAUCCUGUAUGAGCUGAAUGCUCCUCUGUGUUGGAGUGAGGUGUUGGUGGGUUAUGGUUCAGCUUUGUCUACACUCAUCUACCUGGGGAGCUUUGCAGGGGUGUCCCUGCUGUCGCGCUGUCUUCGGGACGGGUAUAUAGUACUACUGGGGCUGCUGUCUGUCGCUGCAGGACUACUGAUGGCUGCCUUCGCCAAGAGCACACUGCUCAUGUUCCUAGGGGAGACGGAGGGGGUGAGGCUACCUCUCCUUCUCUCCAUCAUGCCUGCUCCUGUUCUGAGGUCCAUGAUGUCCAAGAUAGUACUCAGCUCUGAACAAGGUGCAGUGUUUGCGUGUGUAGCGUUCGUGGAGAUGCUGAGUAUAGGUGUUGGGAUCACCGUGUUCAGCAGUACCUACGCCUCCACUGUCUCCUGGUUCCCUGGAUUCAGCUUCCUGCUGGCGUCAGCCAUCGCACUCAUACCGGCUGUUCUGAUUGGGGUGGUAAUGUGUCUGCGUCUGGACAAGGAUGAAGAGGCCAGUCGACUAACAGCUGAUGAUGAAGAGGAGGAGACAGAGAGCUGUGGACAGUCACUACAGCUACCACACUGA